UGUGCCAACAACAGAAGGAUUAGACCACAGCGCAUGAAGGAUAGGUGGACAAUCUGACAUAUUACAGCUAAUUUCACAACUUGAUUUUGCAAGACCAUGGAGAAGGCACUAAGGUUAAGGAUGGUCCUUUUUGUCCUCAUAUUCCUGACUUCAAUCCACAAUAUUGCUGAAGGUGCUACAUUUGUUGGAAUCUGUAUGCCAGUGAAAAGUCAGAUUAUAGAACUUGAUACCCUUCUGGUGGGGCUAGCAGACAAGGGACAUGAGGUGUAUUUAGUCAUGGGGGAACAUCCUUCUGUGCCACCUCUUCCUAAGAAUGUAAUAGACAGCAAGGUAAAGUUGCUCACUUUUAAAGUAAGAUCACCAGACUUUAUGGACUUUGAAAAACCAGAGGUGCAGAAAAAUGGUGUGUUUGCCUUCUUUGACAACCCAAGAGAAAGAUACAUUCCCAUCAAAGGUGUAGCAUUUGUGAAUAACUGGACAAAAAUUUUGCAUGGCUAUUUUGGAGAUCUAUUAACAGAUGAGGAUUUUGACAGAAAAAUGACCAAACUGAAACCUGAUAUGAUAAUUGUUAACAAUGCCUUCGCAUUUGCUCCUACAGCGUACUUGUUUCCUUACAAGUAUAAGAUUCCAUAUGUAACAUCAGCAGUCUUAGGACCUCCAGAGAGUGGAGUUCCACAACAAGCAUCAUUUCUUCCAAGCCCAAUAACAAAGUAUUCUGACCAAAUGACCUUUUUGCAACGCACAGUGAACUUCAUGACACAUAGGUUUAUAUCAAUCAUGACCACCCACAAAAUUUCACCUGAUUAUUAUGCAAAAUAUUUGCCAAACGUGAUACAGAAACCAUUUCACCAGUUGGUUGCUGAUUCUGAACUUUUCAUCAUUACAAGUAAGCAUCCGUCCAUUGAUUAUCCGCAGCUUGCACUGCCAAAUACCAUCUUUGCAGGGGGUAUGAUGACACGGCCUGGAAAACCUCUUCCAAAUGAACUGCAGAAUUUUAUGGACGGACACAAAAAUGGAGUGGUUGUGGUAACCUUUGGGUCUCUUGCCAUGUAUAUUCCUGACCAAGUAAUUCAAAAAUUGCUGUCAGCUUUCUCAAAAAUUAAAUAUGGUGUAAUAUGGAGGUAUACUGGCUCCAAGAAACUCAAUCUGCCAUCACAUGUCAAAGUCUUACCAUGGCUGCCACAGAAUGACCUGUUGGCCCAUCCCAACACCAAACUGUUUGUUAGUCACUGUGGCAAUGGGGGCUCAUAUGAAGCACUGUAUCAUGGUAUCCCAGUGUUGGGAUUCCCUCUGAUGGGUGAUCAGUUUUACAAUGGUUACCGGGGGCAACACAGAGGUGUUGCUAUGGUGAUGGAUAUCUUGUACUUCACUCCAGAAGACCUCAUAGAAAACAUCAACACCAUGAUAGAGAAUUCUUCAUAUUACACCAAAGCCAAGAAGUUAUCUGCUAUUUAUCGUGAUCAGCCAUGGACUCCACAACAGCAAGCAGCUUAUUGGAUUGAACAUGUCCUCAAACAUGGCGGCAGCUAUUUGCGUUCACCUUCUGCACAUAUGUCUUGGUAUCAGUAUUAUUCAGUUGAUGUGGUGGUUUUUCUACUCAGUAGUUUUAUUUGUAUCAUGGUAGUUUGUAUUUCUUGUUGUAAGUGUCUAUGUAGAAGAUGUUGUAAAGGGAAGGGAAGUAAGCAAAACAAAUUGAAAACUAGAUAAUUUCAUAAUCAUUAUAUUCUCUAUGAAUGUCAAAAGAUGUAUUAACAAAAAUGUAUUUUGAAAUACUUUAUGAUACAAAAUUUAAUUUAAUAUCAAACAAAAUUUUAGUUGAAAAGUAUUCAACAUUUUUGAACACAAGAAAUUUAUCACAGCGAGUAAUUUAUUCUGUUUAAAUUUCAAAGAAUAGUCUUAAUUUACCCACUUUCAAGAAUUUGUAAAUGUCCAUGUAGUAACUUUGUAAAAGGAAGGAAACAAAAAAAAAAAAAAAAAAAAAACCAAGUGAAGACUAAAAUAUAUCAUGAUGCUUACUGUUGACAACAAAUGACAAUUGUUGUAGUGACCUUGUUUGAUAUUUUAAUCUUUAUUAUACCCUGUAACUAAGAUGUGAUCAUUUUUAUAAUUGCACAAAUAUUCUUUUCACAUACUUAAGGAAAAUGUUUUAUAAAUCAUUCUUUUUGCACUCAGAGCAGCAUAGCAUAAAAAUUAAUAAAAAAGAAAAAGAAAAGAAAACAAUACUGAAAAUAAUAAUGCAAGCAAACACUGAAUUGUCUAGUGAAUUGAUUCAAUAAAAAAAAAAAAUUACAACAGAUUGUGUUAGUUGAGAAAGAGAGAAGCACUCAACACGUCCACCUUGCACUCUUGCUGCUUUUAUGGUUGUACAGGGGCAGCCGUUACAUCACAGUUGCCAAGGGUCUUGCUUUUUGAAUUCUUUAGAGCUGAUUCACAGAUUUUUGUUUUCUGUUUACAUGUAGUAUAAAUGAUGGCAACUACUGAGUAUAUAUGCUUUGGGUUAAACUAUUGUUGGAGCUAUACAUAAAACAAUUUCCCAACUAAACAUGAAAUGAAAUAGAUAGCCAAACAUGUAAAGAAUCUGUUCAUACACAUGAAAAUUCUGCUGUCAUCUCCAAGUACCUGUGACCCAACGUGCCUCCAGGCACAUGCGCAUGCAUGUGUACAUGUGCACAAUUUUUUAAAAAUUAGUAUACAUUUUCCUAAGCAUAUUUCAUCAAUUUCUGCCAGGUUUUUUUCCUCCUAAUGCAGCACUUCACCACAAAAACCUAACAACUAAAAUGAAAUUACUUUUGCAAUUUUUCAACCAGUUACUUGUACGCACCACCACAUGUUGUUUAUCAAUUUACGUGUCAUACCUCAACAGCUGAGAGAUAAAUCACACCUGCAAGGUGGUUAUCCUGGAUGCCCUUCAUACAGAGGAGAAAAACUGAGAGGAUGAUAGAAGAGAAGGAUGCUCUGUUGCAGAAACAUCCUAUAUGUUCAGCAAUACUUCAGUCAUUAUCUCCGCUUACGAAGGAGGUUAUUUUUUUUAUCGAUGUUGGUUUGUCUGUUUGCUACCCUGAAUGCCCUUCAGGCAAAGGAGAAAUUUUGUGAGGAUGUGAAAAAAUGAGGUGCUCUGUUUCAGAAAUAUCUUAAGAUUCAGCAGUACAUCAGUUAUUACUGCCACCAAUGAAGGAAAUUAUGUUUUAAUUUUUGUUUGUCUCUUUGUUACAGGAAAGGAUUUAUCAAAAAUAGACCUUCGCAAAGUUUGAUGAAAUUUCAGGAUAGGCAACA